AUGGAUGAGGAGGUUCAGGAAAAGCAGCUUUUGGCCGAGGAAGAAGAUGGAAUGGAGCAGCUUGAAGCCGAGGAGGGACUUGAAGCCGCGCAACUUGAACCUGAUGGAGCUAAACAUAUGGAGCUGGAACCUGACGGAAUUAAAGAGCUUGCAGCUGAGAAGGAGCUUGUUUCCAAGGAUUCUGUAGCUGCGCCAAUGGAACUGAUUACUCAUUCUGGAGUUAAUCUUGAGCCAAGAUGGAGAAGACAUGAUCCUAAACCUCCCUGGUUUUUGAUCCAAGCUCAAGAGAUCAGCAAAUGGGCAUGUGUCUCAUUUGUACUCUUUUUCCCUUGUCAAGUUUUGUCCCAAUGGGUUUUCUUGACAAGGUUUUUAAUGAGGCAAAUGGGUCACAUACAAAUCACCCAUUUAGCUGAUCAAGACCAAGGCCCAUCAAUAAAGAAGGCUAAAAACGUGGCCAUGAAGAUCAAGGGUCAUAUUUGUGUUCAAACUUUGUUUUAA